CGUAUUCACGUCACACGUGGCGUCAGUGAUCCUUUUCUUGCUUGAGCUGAGAAACGGUCGUCUGUUUCAAAGACUAUCCUAGCUGCAGUAUUCUGCUCAUCAUGGAAUCUGAGCCUGAGUUAAAAACUAUUGAUGAGUCUUUGGAGAAACUGUCUGUUGAAACUGUGAAAGUGCAAGAUGAGCUAAAGGAAGGAGAGGCUGAAGCUUCAUUGAAGAAGAGCAGUUUAGCAGCAACCAAACGGCAAAAUCAGAAACUUAAGAAUGAGUUACAUCAUUUGGAAAGUCAGAAAACCAAAGCCAAUAAUGACUUACAAACAUCAGAGGAAGAUAUUGUUUGCUUCAGGCAUAGACUUGAAAUCCUUACCACAUCUUUGACAACCUUUCAGAUAGAGAAAAGUUUUCUUAAAAACUAUUCAAUAAAUCAAGAAAAUAUCAAAGAAACUGUGUUGCAAAGAAUGAAAGACUGGAAAUUAUCAAUAGACAAUGAAUACGGGAUUACUUCUGAGGAAAAAACACUCAAAGAUGCUCAGCAGAAAGUUAUAUCACUAAGACACAAUUGUGAUGCCCUUCUCAGUGUUCCAGAGAAAGUAUCUUCUCUUCAAAAAAGUUUAGAUGAGUGCAUGAAGAAUAAAAGUUUUCUGAAGAAGGAGGUGGAGAUGCUGCAGGAACACUUGAUGAAGGAGCAGCUGCAGUUGAACCACAUCAGACAAGAAGUGCAUGUGUAUGAACAGCGUAACCAAAACCAUGCUUCUAGUUUAAGAAGGGAAAUUGAUGAGGUGUCAGCCCACAAUGCCUGGUUAAGUCUGGAACUAAGUCAGAUAGAGACAAAGGUCACACACCUCAGAGACCAAACAGAACCAUGAUAACACAUUUUUUGACAAACGCAACGAAGGCAGUAACGAGCUUGUGUGUGACGACAAGCGGCGACAAAAGUUGAGUCUUAAAGAAAGUUGAUGUUAAAGUGCUAGUGUGAUGCCGCCUAUACUGUUGUGUGUACAUCCCACCAUCCCUUGUACUGCUUAUGUACCUUUAUUUGUUCCAGAUUAUACAUUUGAUGUGCUUCUA